UCCCCUCCCAAGCCCUGCGAUCCCCGCCGCAUUACUCCGUACCUCGCGCGCAUCGUCCACCCGUAGCGGAAUCUUUGCCCACGCGCGCUGGUUCGCUCAUCGUGCCUGCCACGAUUAAGCGUUGUUUGCUUUUUCCCCUCUGCCUGCCUGCCGCUGCGGAGUAUCGGGUAGAUUGGCGAGGGGCGGUUAUAGUGGGUGCGCGCGUGUGUGUGCGAUUCUCGAAUUUCCAUUUUCUCUUGGGAGAGGAGCUAGGGUGCUGCUUCGCAGGGGUGGCUUUAGGCACGCAUUGCAUAGUGGCCAGUUAGGACGCACUGUGGUGGUUUGGGUAAUUGUGGCGAUAUUGCAUGCACGGCCUGCUUUUCUGUGAUACGCGAGCCAGGAUCUGAGGUGCCUCGAGAUGGACGGCACAGUGACACGAGGGUCGGGGGCGCAGAAGAGAGCUGGCGCGUUGUCGAGGCUGCUGGCUGGGGGGAAGGGAGUGGUGCUUGACGGGGCGCUCGCGACGUACCUUGAGACGCUGGGUGCAGACAUCUCCUCUGCCCUCUGGUCCGCGUCCCUUCUCUACACGAACCCCUCACUCAUCCAACAAACCCACGCCACAUACUUCACCCACGGCGCCCGCAUCGCCACCACAGCCUCCUACCAAGCCUCCCUCCCCGGCCUCACCAAGCACCUCUCCGCCACCCCUUCAGAUUCCGACGCCGCAGCCCUCGUUGCUACGAGCGUCGUCCUCGCCCAAAAAGCGCGUGACGAGUAUCUUUCUUCCGCUGGAAAUAGCCUCGAAGAUGGCGACCUCCUGAUAGCCGGCAGCGUAGGCCCCUACGGCGCCUUCCUCGCCGACGGCAGCGAAUACACGGGCGCCUACUCGAGCAGCGUUACCUCAGACGAAUACCACUCGUUCCACCGUGGCCGCAUCGCCGCGCUCCUCUCCGCGGGCGCCGACGUCCUCGCCAUCGAAACCAUCCCCAGCUACCCCGAAGCCGCCGCCCUCCUGUCCCUCCUUGCCUCCGAAUUCCCAGUUGCAGAGGCCUGGUUCGCAUUCACACUGCACGCCGCGGACCCCACGCGCCUCCCGGACGGCACGCCCCUCGCCGACGUGGUAGCCCUGCUCGACGGCGCCCCCAACGUCGUCGCCGUGGGCGUGAAUUGCGUGGCGCCGGAGCAUGCGCUCGCAGGGCUGCGCGAGAUGCGGCGGGGGACGCGGAAGCCGCUGGUGGUGUAUGCGAAUUCGGGGGAGAAGUGGGAUGCGGCGAAGCGGGAUUGGGAGGGGGAGCGGGCGGGGGGUGGCGAGCUGGCGGGGUGGGUGAGGGAGGCGUGGGAAGCUGGUGCGAGGAUUGUUGGGGGAUGCUGUCGGACGGGCCCCGAGGAUAUGGCUGUUGUUGCGGGGACUUUGAGGGAGUUGGAAGCAGAGGCUUGAGAUGGAUGCGGAGUUGAUGAGACGCGGCAUCGGUGGCUGGUAGCAUACCUGAUUGAAACACACAUGCCUGUUGCUACGUUCUUGUCCGAGCCCAGUUGGGAUAUCACGUAGAGCAAAACAGAGACAUAUUUUGGCACUGGAUCUC